UGGGUUUUGGUCCUUCUUGUGCCAGGGAGGAGGCGGGAGGAGGGACACCGUUGGGAGGCUGUCCCCUCCCAGCUCUUCUGGCUGGUGUUCCCAGGGACUUUGACCUGGGGACGAUGAUGCACACAUGGGUGGCUGCUUCUGUAUUCCUGGGGAGCCGAGUCUGUCCUGGGGCCCAGGUAAAGAAACUCCUUCCAAGGAUCCAACCAUAUCGAGUGAGGUUAUAACCUCAUCUGAAGACAAGGAAAAAUGUUUCCUGUCACAGAAUAUGACUCCAGAUCUGACCCUCUCCUUCAGUGUGAAGAGCCGCUCCAGGAGGUGUGUAAACGGCCCCCUGCAGGAAGCAGCCAGGAGGCGGCUCUGGGCGCUGGAGAAUGAGGACCAGGAGGUGCGUGCACUGUUUAAGGACCUCUCAGCCAGGUUGGUGGGUAUCCAGUCCCAGAAGGCUCAGUUCCUCAUCACCUUCAAGACCAUGGAGGAAAUCUGGAAGUUUUCCACCUACUUGAACUUAGGCUAUGUAUCUGCAUGUCUGGAACAUCUCCUCUUUGACCAUAAGUACUGGCUCAACUGCAGAUUGGUGGAAGAUACAGAGAUCCAAGUUUCCGUGGAUGAGAAACACCUGGAAACAAUAUACCUGGGACUUCUGAUACAGGAAGGCCACUUCUUCUGCAGAGCCGUGUGCUCUGUGGCUCAGCCGCCUGAGAAGGAAGGGGAGUAUCUGACACUUUGGAAGAAGGAGUUAAUCUCCGUGAAAAUAGUUGAAGGUGGAUCCGAGUGGGAGGGCGUGUCCCUGGUGACUGGUCAUCGGGGCCUGGUGCCCGUGUCAGCCCUGGAACCUCUGCCGCUCCCUUUCCACCAAUGGUUCCUAAAGAACUACCCAGGAAGCUGUGGCUUUUCCAGGAAGAGGGAUUGGACAGGCUCCUAUCAGAUAGGCAGAGGAAAAUGUAAGGCCUGGAAAGAAUAUGAGAGGGAAGAAAAGGAUGAGCUGAAUUUUCACCAGGGAGAAAGCAUCGAGAUCAUCGGCUUUGUCAUCCCUGGGCUUCAGUGGUUCAUUGGAAAGUCGACACGCUCAGGAGAAGUGGGCUUUGUCCCCACCAGGAACAUAGAUCCUGAGUCUUACUCCCCAGUGAACAAGAGCUCCGCCUUUUUCAGCGAUGAGGAAAGAUGCUCUCUGUGGGUCCUGGGAAGUGACAGGAAAGCUGAGUGUGCCAGCUUCCUCCACACCCUUGCUCAUACUGACAUAGCGUCUGUCUACCGGCUUAGUGGGUUUGAAUCCAUCCAGAAUCUUCCAAACGAUCUAAGUGCGUCCCAGCCUGAAGGCUUCAAGGAGGCCAGGACUGGUAGAGCCUGGGAGGAGCAUCAGGCCGUGGGCUCCAGACAGUCCAGCAGUUCCGAGGACUCCAGCCUGGAGGAGGAGCUCCUCUCAGCAGCCUCAGACAGCUAUCACUUGCCAGAGCCCGAUGACCUCGAUGACCCAGAACUGCUCGUGGACCUAAACACUGGUCAGGAAGAGGAGGAGGCUGAGAAUUUCGCCCCCAUGCUGGCGUUUCUGGAUCACGAGGGCUACGCUGACCACUUUAGGAGCCUCUACGACUCCUCCUUCUCUUUCCUCACGUCUUCCUUUUACAGCUUCUCUGAGGAGGACGAACUUGUGGCCUACCUGGAGGCCUCAAGGAAGUGGGCCAAGAGGAACCACAUGACCUGGGCCCAUGCCCGGCUCUGCUUCCUCCUGGGCCGGCUGAGCGUCAGGAGGGUCAAACUCUCUCAGGCCAGGGUGUACUUUGAGGAGGCUAUGUACAUCCUCGAUGGGGCAUUUGAGGACCUAUCCUUGGUGGCUGCUCUGUACAUCAAUCUGGCUGCCAUCUACCUGAGGCAGAGGCUGAGGCAUAAAGGCUCAGCCCUGCUGGAAAAGGCAGGUGCCCUGUUGGCCUGCCUGCCUGACCGUGAGUCCAGCACCAAGAAUGAGCUUGACGUUGUGGCCUAUGUGCUACGCCAGGGGAUUGUGGCUGGCAGCUGUGUUCUGGAGGCCAGGGCCUGCUUCCUGGCCAUCCGAUUGCUCCUGGACCUAGGCCGGCAUGAGGAGGUCCUGCCCUUUGCCGAGCGUCUGCAACUCCUCUCUGGACACCCUCCUGACCUGGAUGCCGUGGCCACCGUCUUGAGUUUUCUGUACGAUAAGAAAUAUCUUCCACACCUUGCGGUGGCCUCUGUCCAGCAACGUGGUACCCAGAGUGCCCAAGGGAUGUCCCUUCCAAUUUGGCAGGUCUACCUGGUUCUCCAGAACACCGCCAAGCUCCUUGGAGUUCCCUCUUUAAGCUGGGGUGAAGUUUCUGCCCUGGCCUGCCCAGCGCUCAGGCAGGCGCUGGUUGCCUGUGAAGAGCAGGCCAGUCGCAGCACCCAGAGGGCCCUGUGUCUCAUCCUGUCCAAAGUGUACCUCCAACACAGGUCUCCUGAUGGCGCCAUCCACUACCUGAGCCAGGCCUUGGUGCUAGGGCAGCUGCUGGGUGAGCAGGAGGCCUUCGAGUCUUCCCUGUGCCUGGCGUGGGCUUAUCUCGUAGCCAGCCAGGCAAAGAAGGCGUUGGACAUUCUUGAGCCGCUGCUAUACUCUCAGAAGGAGAUGGAGAGCAUCACCCAAAAGGGGGUGGUCCAUAACCUCCUGGGCCUUGCACUUCAAGGUGAAGGCCGGGUGAACAGGGCAGCCAAGAACUAUCUCCGGGCUUUGAACAGAGCUCAGGAAAUGGGGAACGUGCGUAACCAGGCGGUGACUUUGGCCAAUCUUGGCCACCUAACUCUUAAGUCCUGGGCUCGGCAACCAGCCAAGGACUAUCUCCUGCGGGCCGUCCGACUCUAUUCUGAACUCCAGACCAGCGUGGAGACAGACAUGGAAUUAGUACAGGUGCUUCUCUGGUUGGCCCAAGUCCUGGUAUCUGGACAUCAGCUGGCCAGCGGCCGCCUUUGUUAUGAAAUGGCAUUGCUGUUGGGCUUAAGGCAUCGGCACCUAAAGAGUCAGCUUCAGGUCACCAAAUCCCUCUGCCAUUUCUACAGCUCUGUAUCCCCAAACCCCGAGGCAUGCAUCACCUACCAUGAGCACUGGCUGGCCCUAGCUCAGCAACUCAGGGACCGAGAGAUGGAGGGGAGGCUGUUGGAGUCCCUCGGGCAGCUCUAUCGGAACCUGAACACGGCCAGGUGAGUCUGGGCUCGGGGACAGCCCUGGAAACAGCUUACCUUCCUUGAGGAGAAGCAGCACUCUUUUCCUCAGGACGUGAAGUUCACAUGCACAUUCGAACAAGUUCUCUAAUCUCUCUGUACCUCAGCCUCCUCGUCAAAGAUGAGAACGGU